AUGAAUCUAGUUCCAAGUCUAGUUCCUAGUCUAGUUCCAAGUCUAGUUCCUAGACUAGUUCCUAAUUUAGUUCCUAGUCUAGUUCCAAGUCUAGUUCCCAGGCUAGAUCCUAGACUAGUUCCUGGUCUAGUUUCUAAUGUAGUUCCUAGUCUACUUCCUAGUCUAGAUCCAAGUCUAGUUCCUAGUCUAGUUCCUAGUCCAGUUCCUAGUCUAUUUCCUAGUCUAGUUCCUAGACUAGUUCCAAGUCUAGUUCCUAGUCUAGUUCCUAGUCUAGUUCCUAGUCUAGUUCCUAGUCUAGUUCCUAGUCUAGUUCCUAGUUUAAUUCCUAGUCCACUAGUUCCUAGUCUAGUUCUUAGUCUAGUUCCUGGUCUAUUUCCUAGUCUAGUUCCUAGUCUAUUUCCUAGUCUAGUUCCUAGUCUACUUCAUAGACUAGUUCCUAUUCCUAGUUUACUUCAUAGUCUAGUUCCUAGUCUAGUUCCUAGUAUAUUUCCUAGUUUAAUUCCUAGUCUACUUAGUCUAGUUCCUAGUCUAUUUCCUAGUCUAGUUCCUAGUCUAUGGUUCUCUUUACAGCACAACUUUCCCUAUAAUUUAUGUGUAAAAUGUAUGGCCUACUUUAAGGCACAUUAA